AUCCUUAGUUGUUUCAAUCAGUCUACCAUUAUUACGAUCAUGGCUUCUAAACAGAGCUUGAAUGCUCCAGAAUUCCUCAUAUUCAUCUUCUUCACAGCUACUUUGGCUUCUGCUCAGCUCUCCUCAACCUUUUAUGACAAUUCAUGUCCUUCAGCUUUCCGUAUCAUCCAGUCCACUGUUAGGGCGGCUAUCUACAAGGAAAAACGCAUGGGAGCUUCUCUCCUCCGUCUUCAUUUCCAUGACUGUUUUGUUAAUGGCUGUGAUGGCUCCAUUCUACUGGAUGACACUACCAGCUUCACAGGAGAGAAGACUGCAGGGCCUAACAACAAUUCCCUGAGAGGCUUUGAUGUUGUUGAUACCAUUAAAGCAAAUGUUGAGGCUUCGUGCACUCAAGUAGUCUCUUGUGCUGACAUUUUAGCCAUUGCUGCUCGUGACUCUGUGGUUGCUUUAGGAGGGCCUUCUUGGACUGUGCAGCUGGGAAGAAGAGAUGCAACAACAGCAAGCUUUAGCCAAGCAAAUACAGAUAUUCCUGCACCAACAUCAGAUCUUAGUACUCUCAUAUCAGCCUUCUCUAAAAAAGGUCUCAGCACCACAGAUAUGGUAUCCCUCUCAGGAGCACAUACAAUAGGACAAGCAAGAUGCACGACAUUCCGAAGCCGCGUCUACAAUGAAAGCAACAUAAAUAGUUCAUUCUCUUCCACUGAACAGAACAAUUGUCCUCUCUCUAAUGGUGAUGACAACCUUUCCCCACUUGAUGCUGGUAGUCCAAAUUACUUUGAUAAUUGUUAUUACAAGAAUCUAUUGAACCAAAGAGGCCUUCUACAUUCUGAUCAGCAACUCAACAAUGGAGGCUCCACAGAUUCUCAAGUGUCAACUUAUGCAGCUAAUCCUUCUAAAUUCUUCAAUGAUUUUUCUGCUGCUAUUGUAAACAUGGGAAAUAUAAGUCCUUUAACUGGAACUGAUGGAGAGAUAAGGAUUAACUGCAGAAAAGCCAACUGAUUAUAAGAUGAUUGCAAAGUCAAAAGCAAAUAGUUAUGUUGUUUGUAUUUUAAUUAAAGCUUUGUCAUAAACUGUAUGUUUCAAGUAUGUUGUUUAUGCAUUUGUAUGUGAGGCAAAAUGUCUCAGAGGUUAUUGUGAAAUUUUAUGAUGUUGUAAUAGCAUUUGUCUUUUGGAAUAAAAAUUGUAGGGGUUGCUUAAA